CGCUGCUUCCCGUUUCGCGCCCGGCGGGCGAGAGUACUUGAACGAGCACCUUUGGCAAGUACUCUCAUCGGGUUUCCGCAGAGGUUUUUCGACUUUUUGUCUUCAUUUACUCCUUCCUUCUCCGCCUUUUUAGCCCCGAUUAUCGGAUCCCAGAGAAACCUGUGCGCGCGUGUGUGUUCGUGCGGUUCGCUGGCCGCCCGUCCCGCCGCCGUCCGUGGUUUUCUACCUGUUUCUUUUUCUGCUGUUGCUGCGGCUGCCUAUUCUCGAACCGGGCAAAUGACGUUUUACGCUGGGCGCUACCGUCCGAUUCUCCCAUAUGACUGCUUUUUAUAGAAAGUGCUGGGUCCUACACGAACGAGGUAGGCCUGCCUCGCCGACUCUCAUGUGCUGACUGUGUGUGAAACGUUACGCACCCGGCCUCGUCCACUACGAGACCGUCGUGAGCGGCCGACCCCGACGUUUGCCCUCCGAAACAAUCGUCCAGCUAGCGAAAGGAGAGCACCUCUCACAUCGGCAGCCAGGGCCCCGAAGAAAAUUCUGCUGGCUCGUCGCAAUGGAAACGAGCCGGACGGCGCUGUUUGUGUGCCUCGCUUGAAACUACAGUACAACUACACCUUCGCUGUGGCUGCAGCUUUGGCGGCUUGCGAGAUGUCUUUCGUUCGUGCCGUGACCAUGGCUUUGCCGUGUGUUUGCCCAUUUGCUCGCUGUUGUGCGGUCUCCAAAUGACUUUGCGUGUGUCGCAGUGUUAAUGGUUGUCUACCGAAAGGAUUCCGCCAAGGUGGAUACCCAGAUAGCAGCCGCCACGGCUACCCCGGCUGAAAACGGGUCGGCGCCGGAUGAGGCCGAUACCAUGAAGGCUGGUUUCCUGCCCGGGGACGUGACUCCUCCCGCAGCAGUGGGGAACGGGGCACCCCUGCAGCAGGCUCCAGUGUUUUCGCCGGCUGAUGUGCCACCACCCAAGCCCGGGGUACCUCGAGCCGUCCUCACUUGCCGGCCCAACUCGCACCCAUUUCCCGAACGAGUGCUCGCCCUCGACCAGCCUGCCAAGGUCGGCCGGUCGGUGGCCCGAUGCCGACAGGCACCGAACAACGCCAUCUUUGACUGCAAGGUUCUCUCGCGAAACCAUGCUCUGCUCUGGUAUGAAAAUGGAAAAUUUUAUCUGCAAGACACCAAGAGUAGCAAUGGCACGUUUGUCAACAACCAGCGUCUAAGCAAAGGCUCUGAGGAGUCGCCAGCCCAGGAAGUUUGCUCUGGUGACAUUGUACAGUUCGGUGUAGAUGUGGUGGAGAACUCCCGGAAAGUGACCCAUGGGUGCAUCGUGGCAACACUGCGGCUCUUCCUGCCCGACGGGAAAGAAGCCAAAGCCAGCCCUUCUACAACACUUAUUCCUGCUGGAGCGGGUACCUCAAUCACAACUCAGGAACUGUAUCAACUGUCCCACUGUAUUCAGGAGGCACUUCACAGGGAGCAGAUUAUUCAGAACAAGAUAGCCACACUUCAGCGAGUGGUCACGAGCACACAAGAAGCCAGCGAGAACAAUUGGAAGGCCAUGAUUGAAGAAGACCGGCUGCUGAACAGGAUUGAAACGCUUGAAGCGCAGUUACAAGCAUGUGCUAAGUCAGCUACAGAUGACAAGUUAAGAGAAGAGAUUGCUCGGCUACAGAAGGAGCGAGAGAGGUAUGAAGACACCGCAAAGGAGUCGUUGAAGAAAGCGUUACAGGAAAAACUCGAAGCCCUUCGACGUGUACAGGAACUAGAGUAUACUACUUCCAAUAGCGAGGACGAAUGCUCGCGACUGCGAGAAGUCUACGAAGCAGCUCAGAAAGAGAUUAUUGCCCUGGCGACCCGCACUGAUAAGCAUCAAAAGGAAAUAGCACAGCUGCAGACCCAGCUCAAGGAAGCUGAGGAGUUAAAUCAGGCCAUGACUGAAGAGAAAACUUCUCUGGAGAAUCAUAUCCAGGCACUUCAGAAAGCUGAACUGGUGCUUUCAGCAAAAAUCGAGUCUCUUCGAGCUGACAAUGAUUUCGCAAAGGAACAGUUAUCAGCCAUGAAAGCUCGCUUUGAUCAAGUGAAAAAAGCGCAGUACAUUGAAGAUGGCUUGGAAACACUGAAUUCUAAGGAAAACAUGCCGAAUCACGACGAAUCGAAGGAUACUGGAGGGGAACUGUUCUUUGAAAAGAGCCUUGCUGAUGAAACCAUGAAAGAAUCUCCCACACAACCGGAGAAAGAGUCCGAGAUGUCUGGAAGCAAAGAGUUGGAAAUCAGUUUGAGCUCCACUUUAGAGACAUCGGUAAUUGAAAAAGAAAUGACUCAACGUGUGCUGUCAAAUGAACUCCAAGCUAAGGUCUGUGAACUGGAGGAGCAGUUGGAACAGCUGCAAAGCUUGGAGGACAAAGGAAGGGACGAGAAUCAUCGUAAUGUUGAGGAAUUGCAAGCCGAAAUUGCUCAACUUAGGGGUGAGUUCUUCGAACUAUUGACUGAAUCUCGUGAGAAGAUAAAUGCUGCACAGCUUGAGCUCGCUGCUAUGAAAGAAGCACAACUGGCAGCGAAGAUGAGGCAGGCUAGCACGGAAGAGCAGCCACCCGCCGAGCCAUCCGAAGAGACGUCGGCUCUGAUGGCUCAGCUGACUGCAGCACGCAAGCAGGUCCAGGAGCAGGUGUGCCAGAUUGCCAGGCUGCAAGGGGAGCUGUCGCAGUCUGAACAGUCACUGUGCGAACUGCGAGAGCAGUUCAACGUCCAGCGACAACAGCUAGCUGAACACGAGCGGCACAGGCGCUUGGGUCAAGAAGAGCUUAGCAGCUUAGAAAAUCUUCUCGAAGAGGAAAGGAAAGCCCGGAGUCGGACAGAAGCCGCGUCAGAGGCUGUGAAGAAGCAACUUCAUGAGGCUCAGAACAGCGCCAAGCAGCACCAGAAUGAAGCGGAGCAUCUGAGGAAGAAAGUGCGGACUCUGACCGAAGAACUGCGCAAUCGAGCCAACACGGAGCGUUCCUUGACUCCUAACCACACCCAAGAGCCCCUUCAAGAGGAAUGCGAGGCCUUGCGUGCUCGUCUUCGAGCAGCUGAAGAAGAGGCUGCCAUGCAGCGGGACUGAAAAUGCCAAGCUCCUCAACGAGUGCGAACGCUUGCUGACAAGCUGCAGCAUGCUUGGAACGCAGUCAUCCCUACCCUCUGUGCCGGGUGAUCGAGGGGAUCGAGGUGAUAGGGGUGAUCGGGUUGACCGGGGCGACUGGCCAGAGGAGCUCGAGAAGCUUCAACAAGAGGCCCAGAGUAUGAGGCAUCAGCUCCAGGAGUCAGCAGAGGAGUUGGCCCUGCUCAAGGAAAAGUACUCGGUCUGCGCUAUGGAGAAAGCAGCAGCUUCAGCAGGAGCUCAAGGCUGUCGGUGAUGAGCGCCAGUUGCUACUGUACCAGUCCAAGGCGACGUCAGCCUGCUCAAUAAUACCACUGUGCAUCCUUGUUCUGGCUGUUCUCUUGGGCUUUUACCCGACGCUGUCCUACUUCACCGCCACGGCCGAGACUCCAUGAGGGCGUCGGCCGCCAGGGCUUUCUCGAGUAAUGUUCAUGUGUGCUUCCGCCUGCCUACGUCAUUGCCAUAUGAUGUCGGCCAGUGAGAGGCAGCCUGAGUCGGCAUCACUUUUCGUUCUUCUGGUUGUGACCUUGCACAGCGAAGACACAGCUUCAAGGACGUGCUUCCCCACGGGUCCAUAGGCAGCUUCGAAGUGCUCCGGUGGUAUUUGCGUGCGUGCAAAAAUGAGCAGUUUUUGAAGCAUGUGCUGACGUUGGUUGCUUUCCAAAUAGCUCGUCCAUGGUACCUUAUUGGCUCGCUUACUCUCCAUUGUAAGUACAAACCCUUCACUUAGGUUGCACUACCAUGUUGUCCCAGCUUUGUUGCGUGCCCAUUUUUAAGCACUUUCUCGAAAAGGCCGAAUGCGUUUUUUAUUUGUGUAUGUCAUGUUGGUGUGACUAGGCACCACAGCGGAGAUGCUGAUCGGUAUGUGUUGUCACAAGGCAGGGCAGUAGGCUCGAAAACUUUGAUUCCACUACAACGGCGGGUCACGUGGAUCAUUAUAUUACUUUUGGAAUGGACUCCUUGAACGUUACAGGCCUGUAGUUUUACGUCCUUGCCCAUUUUUUUUUUUGUAUGUGUGUGUGAUGUGCAAGCUGAUAUGCUGUUCAUCUUUCCACCAGUGCUGCUACUGUUGGGACAUGCAUUAUUCUUGUGUUUGAAGCAUUCACUUAGGAUUCUCUUUUUUUUUUUCUUUUCUUUAUUGCGGCUCAAUUUAAGCUGCUACAAAAUCUAAAGAGAACAAAAUGUCGGAGUGCACUCAAGUUUUCUCUAAUGCACAAUGAAUAAAUCCCUCCUGAAUGUGAUUAUUCCAGGACUUCGAAACCGCACCGAGCCCUUGAAGACGUAACGAACCCAACUUGUUAAGGUGCCGAUGCGUCUUGCUAUAACAUUGCUGCUCGCUAUGGGCAGAGAUUUAGAUUUAUUGCUGUUCACAAAACAGUAGGCGCUUAUACGCUCACCUCACAGGAUAUGGUCUAUAUGUAAGCAGGUGUUUACGGCAGAAUAUUUUAAAAAGUAUUUUUGGGGAGAUGUGGUAUUCGGUAGAUUGGGAGAAUGAAAAGAAAAAAAAAGUCUCUGCUGUCCUUUCUCUCAUGUUGUCAUAUCUUUUUUUAAUUACGUACUUCCUACUGCCGUUCUGCAGCUUCGCAACAAGGCUUGAGUGUACACACUCGAGUGAGCUAGGCAUUUACUUUGCAUUGUGCUUUCAUUCAUAUGGCCGCAUCACACUCUGUGUGCGACACUUGCGCUCUCAGUGAGGUAUCUUCCUGUGCCCUAGAAGUAUGAACUUGUUGAAAGUACUUCACUCGCAGUAUAUGCAGCGGCCCUGAGGUGUCGCUGUAAAUAUUUGCUAGCAUCAAGGAAUGUUCAUUUAUUAGUUGCAACAGAACAAUGAUUGUUACCAGCAGUCUUGGGUGUCUCUUUUUUUCAACACUUUCUUCGUUUCAAGCUUCUACUUUGGCUGACAUGCCAGGUGCUUAAACAGACCCUCAUGCAUUUGGGCCCUAGCGAGUUCCUUAACGAGUACAAUUUGUGUGUAGAGAGCUGCCCAAAGGUUAGAUUGUUCUUACAUUCUCGAGUGGUACGUUGCUUAAUUUAGCACUGCUGUCCCAUGGAGAGGUCACACCCGCAUGUAGAUACCUAUUUGACUCCUUUGUGUGCCUGUAAAUAGUAAUAUUGAUCUGUAGAGGUGGAAAAGGACUGUCAAGUGCCAUCAUAUUUCUUAGUGCUAUCAGUUUUUGUACAGAAGAAAACACAAUGCACUCGCGCGGACUUGUAACAUAGAAAAUAGAAGCUUUAGCACUAGCCAAGCCUUUUUUUUUAUUUCAACUGCAGCAUUGCUUUGUACCUGGACAUUGAGGUGCAACUAUUCUCUUGGGUAUUGUGUAGCAGUGUCUGUGUAUGUCAUUUCCUGGCGUGAAGUUGCCCUGCUUUGGCUUACUGGCAUCAAGCCCCCUCCCCACCACUGAGUCACUGCAGCUGCAUUAGUCCGAUGUAAUCAAUACGCAUAGCUUUCAUGAUUUCAAAUGAAUGAGGUAUAGUUAUUGGAAAUAUGAGGCUGUAAAGAUUGUAUUGUUUCUUAUUAAGCUUUCCUGGGAAAACUGAAAUUGCAGAGGCAUGGACAGUUACCCAAAAUGUAGCAUUGCUAAAUGAAAUGAAAUAUAUUUUCACUUUUCAUAAGGAGGCUGCACUUUUAAAAUGCCACAUCAACAUUAAAAUGUUAUGCCCGCAGAGAAUAGAAGAGCAGCGUCUGUAAAUUUGCAAGCUAUUUAUUAAAUAUCAGGGUAACAUGGCGUCGUUACUGACCACAGGCAUUUUUCACCUUUGUGGCAAAAGGGGGGGUACUGUUUGUUCGAGGCCAUCGUAAGGCUGGCAAACAAAACACUUUCAGUGGGAAACAUUAGUGACCUCAAUGGGACUGAAACAUUGACUAUAAACUGUACAUCAUUAUAAACCAAGUGUAGUGGGCCUUAUUUUUUUCGAUUUGCAUCAUUUCUUUACCUGAGAUUGUAUCUCUGGGUGCGCAACGUUUGAGUUGUGUCAUACCUUACUAUUAUAAAGUCAAAAUUUGUUUUUUUUUUCUUUUUUGUAUUGAAAGGAUGCACAGCACUUGCUAACAGCAUUAUUCUAUACUGUGCAAUUGUUUGAAGUUUUCUGCCUUUGCCCGAAAAUAGGGAUCUAAGCAACGAGCUGUCUAGUAAGAGAGACACUGCAGUGGGUGUGUGGUUGGCACCCGAUGAUUUCAUUUUUAAGCGAGCUGAAUAUACUUGGUUCUGCCGAAACUUGUGGACUCAAAGUGCAGCUGACAAGGCUCAGCGAAUCAGGUGGGCUUGGUGCGUGCCAAAGGUGAGAGUGGACAAAGUUUUGCGUGAUGCCACUACUGGGCUCCCUUAGUCACAGAAAGGGGGGAACACCUGUGGCAAAUAGUGUAGACUUAACUGGUUGUCAUUCCCUCUACUACUACUUCUAACUUCAGUGCUGAAUUCAGCAGUCGGUGUGCUUGCGUUGAGAUGACCUUCUACAGGUGCUUUCAAUUUUGUUGCUUCUUGUUUUUCUUGUUUUUUUAACUUAUGCAAAUUAACCGAGUUGGAUUUGCAGUGUUUCCAAGGUUGCUGUGUUCUGGCACGCGUGUUCCGUUUUGCUACAUUCUUGCCUUCUCCUUCACUCUUGCAUUAAAUUAACUUGGCCAUAGGUUGGUUAACUAACGUAGCUUGAUGUCAUGUUUAAAGGUAAAUCAGCUGGCUGUUUUCUUUUAUCCUUUUGUCUGUGAUUUCAAUAGUUUGAAGCUGUCAUUAGUCUACGUAUGUUGCAUAUUUUUUGGAACAAGAGAAGUAUUUGUGUUCCCGUAUGUUUUAUGUUGCCCCUUUUUUGUAAUAUAAUGUUCGUUCCUCCCCUUUGUUCCUUGUUUUUGUAAGAGGUGUGCACUGAAGAGUUCAGUCCCGUUUAAGUGAAAAUUAAAGCAUUAUACAUAUAUUAUAAUGCAGCCUGCAAGAAAGCUGAAUAAAGUUGUGUCACGAUUGUG